GGGCGCAUCCCCAGAUGCGGCUUGAGCCGGGCUGUGUGUCUCUGUAAUUUUACAUCGGAUAAAAUCUCGAGUCCCUGCUAUUUCAAAAGUUACUUUCAGUGGUUCAAAUGGGGAAAAGACAGCCUGACUCUAAAAAUUAUCGUAUGUGGCGAGGAUGAUCAUGGCCGAUUGCGAGGCUUGUGCUAUCUGCAGUAGCCGAAGAUAGGGAACCGUGAAACCUUCCCAAUACAGACGGAGCGAGAGCCUCGCGAGAUCGUGAAGGGAAGGGAUUUACGUAAGCAGAAAGUGUUACGAAAGCGAAAUGGACAAAGGAAGUGCGGUGGGCAACGUUCCAAAACGUUUCUCAUACUGUUUCAUGCCACUUUUCGUCAUUAGAUGCUAGCUUAAGUGCGAGCCUAAAGCUAGUUGGUGUCCAUCAAUCACAGUCAUCGUUAAACAGAAUUUUCUUCCUGUGUUAGAGGACGACGAUGCGGCUGAAAGGAAUCGAAAACUUGGCAAAAGAACUUCUAAACCGAGAUCAGAAGGUUGUGAUAUUUGAAACGUUUUUCUAUCUGUUAACAAUUUCGGUGGCAGUCGUUGGAAACUCCUGUGUUCUUCUGGCAGUGUACAGAAACUCAAGACUGCGAACGAUUCCUAACUACUUCAUUGUGUCUCUGGCGAUCUCUGAUAUUCUUUUACCUUUACUGUGUGCUCCGUAUUCUAUAGCUGUUGCCAUCGUUGGUUACUGGCCAUUUAAUGAUAGCGUUUGCCAAAGUCAAGGAUUUUUCGUCAUAAUUUUAGCUUGCGCCUCUUUGCUAACCUUAACCCUGACCGCGAUCAAUCGAUUUUACCGAAUGGUCCUAACGAAACAUUAUCGGCAAAUUUUUACAAAGUGGAAAACCUUAACUAUGAUAGCAUUUGGAGUCGGCCUAGCUUGCUUGGAACCAUUACCUUAUUUACUUUCGGGUCGACGUUAUGUCUUUCAUCCCGGAAAGUUGUUUUGCUUUCAGACAGGUGAGAUUUCCCUUCCAAACUUCAUCGUGUAUUUCUACGUCGGCGUGCCUACUUUCACUUUAAGCAUAUGCUAUGCUCUUGUCUUCAGACAAAUGCGUAUUCACCGGAGAACAGUUCAAAAUUUGCGAUCGUGUGCUAUGGCUGUGGACAACAUAACUCAUGCAGAUAUCAGAGUUACAAAGAUUCUGUUCAUCACCGUGAUAGGAUUUUUGGCCUGUUGGACACCGAUUGCGGUCAUAGAUUUUGUAGACACGUUCCGGGGUGAAGUGUCUCUUCCGAGACAGGUCUAUGUUUUUUACCUAAUUCUGGGAAAUUUGUCAGGAGCCAUUAAUCCUUUUAUAUACGGUUUCCUAAACAGGAGUUUCAGAAGAGAAUAUGGAAAGAUGUUUUCGUUAAGGAAAAGAAACUCAAGACGGCAAAAUUUGCAAGUGGAUUUAACUUCGUUUUCGAGUCGAAACCCUCGCAACACAGAGCUCACCACCAAUUGAGAACUAUGCAAAGUAAUCUGCAACUCAGUUUGUUAAUUCGCCGGAACAAUGGAACAUGAAUAUAUGUCUGGUUGUGUUCGACUUCAUUUAUCGUGAUCUGUAGAGGUAGUCAUCGCAGACGUGAGAAUGAAAUCGAUGCUGAAGUGCGUGGAAGCGCCAAGCUGUACAAAUACUCUCGGGAUGAUGGAACAUGAAUAUGGCUGAUUGUGUUCUACUCCAUUUGUCGUGAUGUGUAAAGGCAUGUAUGUUGAAGUGGGUGGAAGUACAAAGCUGUUCAAAUUCUCUUUAUUUCAGAUUUUCGAAAUAUAAAUAUGUUAUUAUCAAAGAUUUC